GGGUUGGGUUCUGUGCAUUGCAUUUAGUUUUUAUAGUUAAAAGUUGGUGCGAUUAUGGCGCCAAUUAUUUUUCUAUAUUUCCUAUGCACAAAUGUUUCGCUAUUCCGAAACCCAUGGAACGCCCCCUUUUCUCUCCACCAAUCUUCGCCCCGCUACCAAACCCCAAUUCUUCAACAAUGAUUUUCAUCUUUUCUUUUCCUUUUCCCCUAUGCCGAAUUCCACCAUAAUUUUUUCCAGAAAAGAUAGCAGAAAGAUGGGGUAAGAACUUGAUCAGAUUUUUUUCUCGAAAACAGUCUUUUUUGCUCCAGAUAUUUAAUACUGAUAUCGCGAGCAAUUGGGGCGUUAAUGGUUCUGCUGCGUGAUUGAUGAAUAAUUGAUGAAGGGGUUUAAGUUGAGGUUAGUUGUGGUUGGGACCGAUUUUAGAGUUGUAAAUCUGUUGGUGAAUGUAAUCAGGACUUUUGAAAAAGCCGCUGUUAAAUGAAUGGUAAUUUAUUGUUACGAUAAAGCAUGGGAUUUUAGCUGUUUUCGAACAUCACUUGUUAGCUCACCCAUUACAUCAGAUGAUAUAGGCGUGGAGCCAACGUAGUACGGUGAGUUCGUUUUGAAUAGAAACGUUUUACUAGUAAGGCGGCAUGGUUUUAGUAGAGAUACAGAAUCAAUCAUGGAUAGUUUGAGAAUGUGCUUCCAAGUGGAAUUGAUCUUUGAGUGUAGACAUGGAGAGUAAGUUCUGCGGACAGACUGAUGCUGAUUCGCCCAGCUCGACACAAAGUAAUCAAAACUGCGGAGUUAAAAGCCUGCGUAACAUCUCUGUGCAAACAGGGGAGGAAUUUUUAGAUGAAUUUUUGAAGGACCGCGUUGCAUCUAGAAGAGUGCCUGUUGCAAAUGAUGUUGUACACAAUCACCAUGUUACAAGUCUUCAUGAUACUAGGAAAAAAGAUACCGAGAGUUGUCCAGAUUAUGUAGAUUUUUCUUCUGGUGAGGGAUAUGGAGUUGAUGUGAAUUCUAAGUAUUAUGUGAACGGAUCAAAUGCAUAUUACAGGGAAUUGCAGGCUAAUGGGCAGCACCAUAGAAAGCUAUCUGAGAAUUUCGAUAGAGGUGGUCCAUCUGUUCCACUUGGCUACUCAUCAGAGUCCCCUCAUUCAAAUCAGAGUUCUAGUAAAGGAUCAGGAUUUACAGACAGUUCAUUUACAGGAAAAUUAAAAUUCCUCUGCAGUUUUGGAGGAAAAAUAUUGCCAAGACCAAACGAUGGGAAGCUCAGAUAUGUUGGUGGUGACACAAGGAUUGUAUCUCUUGGGAAAAAUGCAACCUAUCUGGAGCUUCUGAAAAAAACUAUGGCGAUUUUUAAGUACCAUCAUACAAUCAAGUACCAGCUUCCAGGUGAAGAUCUGGAUGCGCUUAUAUCUGUGGCUUCUGAUGAAGAUCUUCAUCAUAUGCUCGAAGAAUAUCAUGAAUUAGAGAAAACUUCUCAGAGAUUGAGACUUUUUCUUGUUGCUUCUGGCGAUCUUGAGCGCCCGUAUUCUUCAGAAGGUAGGACUGUGCAGCAAGGUGAUGCCGAUUGUCCAUAUGUUGUUGCUGUUAACGGCAUGGUGGAUUCUAGCCCUCAUAGAAGCUAUAGCAGGGAGAGCUUGGAAAGCCAGUGGGCAAAUAAUGUCGACAGUCCAACUCUCCAGAUGGACUCCCCUACUCCUUUUCGUCAUUUAGAAAAUCAGAAUGGAGCUGGUUCGUUAAAUUCCACAUGGACGCUUUCAGGCCCCAGCAGCCAGGUCUUGAGUACUCUUCAAGUACCUUCCACGACCUAUGUGGCACAAUCUCCGUUGUCCCUUGUUCAGUUUACAGAUCCCAAUGCUUCCUACAUGAAAGGGUAUGAAGAUGUUCAUUCUUCAUAUGCAUAUACAAACACUUUUCCGUAUGUUAUGGAGAGCCCAGCAAACGACAAUCCUCGUUGUUUUGAUGCUUCAGUCUAUUACCAUAACCAGCUUGUCGAUACGUCGCCGGUGAUGGAAAGCUCAAAUCAAAACAGCCAUAUGGCACAGGCACAGGCACAUGCUACUCCUCUAGUGGUAUCUCACUUUCGUAUGCCUAGUAAAGACUUUCAGCCUCCUUCACCAUAUGGUCCCAGGUUUGCUGAUGCUGGGAUAGGUUUUUCGAAUGUGCCACCACAUUCUGAGAACUUGGUCCCUUCUCAAGAUAAAUUAUGUUUUUCUCCUGUGACUGGUGUUAAUACUAACUCUUACUGGAUAGAGGCCAAUCGUACUCCUGGACCACAGCUAACGAAUGAAGAGGGGCCAAGUGUCCCUUUAGAACAAGAGAUGGAAAAGAUUUCCUGGGCUUUUGCUGCAGAAAAAUUACCAUCCCUUGAAAUGUCUGUUUCAUCUCUUCAGGAAGUUGAAGAACAGAAAGCACAUGAGAAAGAUCAAGUAACUAGGAAUGAGUAUCAGGUUUUUCAUGAAUCUGUCAAUCUUAACAAGGAUUUUAUCGAAUGGGGGGAAGAUACAAUAACGCCGGUGAAGAAUGAUUCCCUUGAUCAGGAUAGGGAAAAUUAUGCCGCUGAGAAGAAUUAUGCCUUAAGUGACGAGUUUUUGGAGCACUCAAAGAAUUUGCCACAAAUAAUCUGCCGCCCAGACUCACAACUCUCACUUCAUGUCCCAAAGUCUGAGUUGCAGAUGAAUGGAAGCAAAAACUCUUCUUCAUCAUUUAGUUCUGCAGAAUAUCCAGCAGAUUUUUGGAAAGAACUUUCUGGAAACUGCCAAAUAAGUAAGAAUGAGCCUGAAUUUCUCAUCAAGAGCCAAAAAGGACCUCAUGCAACUGACUGCAACACAGCUUUCUUUGGUAGUAAUGUGCUUCGUCUUGUUUCAACCAAGGGAAAUAACCAGUCACAAUGUGUCAAUCCAGUUCUACUUCUAGAUAAUUCUAGUGUGGGUUUAUGCUUGACAGAGCAUCUCAAUUUCCCAGAAACAACCGCAGACCAUGCUCUGGUCGGAGAAGUCUCUUGCCAGAAGGAAAUAGUGAAGAAUUCUAACGAGAAACCCAUGAAAAGCUCUCAUGGACGCACGAAGAAGGAAAUUCCCAAUAUAAGUUCUCUGGAGGGCUUGGAUAUUAGAAAUGGCACCUUUGUAAACCCUCAGUACCCAUAUAAUUGUCAUAAACCUGGCAGACCGCAAGAUCCAGUUAAAGUUGAAGAUGUGGCUGACAGCCUGCAACACGGAAUCCCGUCCUCCUCAACAAAUGCCAUCCUGAGACCAGAUGAACACAGUGAAGCUGCUGAGUCCCCUGAAGAUACACCAGGAACUGAAAGUCAUCUCUCUGAAUCUAACGAUUAUGAUGUUGAAGUUGAUGAAGAAACUACAAAAGAAUCAUUAAGUGAAGCUGCAAUCAUUGAAAUGGAAGCCAGUAUCUACGGUUUGCAGAUUAUAAGAAAUACUGAUCUCGAAGACCUACAAGAGUUAGGAUCUGGUACCUUUGGAACUGUAUUUCAUGGAAAGUGGAGGGGGACAGAUGUUGCAAUCAAGAGAAUAAAAAAGAGCUGCUUUGCUGGGAGAUCUUCCGAACAAGAAAAACUGGCGAAAGAUUUCUGGAGGGAGGCUAAAAUUCUUUCCACACUUCACCACCCCAAUAUAGUAGCGUUCUAUGGGGUGGUUCCUGAUGGACCUGGGGGGACGUUGGCUACUGUUACUGAAUACUUGGUAAACGGGUCAUUACGACAUGUCCUCUUGAGGAAGGAUCGAGUAUUGGAUCAACGUAGAAAGGUUAUAAUUGCUUUGGAUGCUGCUUUCGGCAUGGAAUACUUGCAUUUGAAAAAUAUCGUUCAUUUUGAUUUGAAGUGUGACAACUUGCUAGUCAACUUGGGCGAUCCUCACCGGCCUGUUUGCAAGGUUGGUGAUUUUGGACUAUCAAGAAUCAAGCGGAAUACUCUUGUUUCAGGAGGUGUUCGAGGAACACUUCCUUGGAUGGCUCCAGAAUUACUAAAUGGAAACAGUAGUCGGGUUUCUGAGAAAGUAGAUGUUUUCUCCUUUGGCAUCGCGCUAUGGGAAAUUUUGACGGGAGAAGAACCUUAUGUAAAUAUGCAUUGUGGUGCCAUCAUAGGUGGAAUUGUGAGUGACUCACUGAGGCCACCAGUGCCAGAACGAUGUGAUCCGGAGUGGAGAAAGCUGAUGGAGCAGUGCUGGUCGCAUGAGCCUGAAGCGAGGCCGCCGUUUUCGGAGAUAACGAAGAGGCUGCAAGGUAUGUCUAAGGCUAUCCUACCAAAGAGAGCGAAUAGAGUUAAGAGAUGAAUGAGCAGGCAUGAAUCUUGCAAGCUGUUUCUGUUCAUUUUAAAGGGCCUUCAUUUCCUUGAGCUGUUGUAAAGCUAUUUUUAUAUGUAGAGAUCCUUCUGUCCUUCCUCUUUGAAAGUUUUCAUGUUUCCAAAUCUUGAAGAAGCGCUUGCUUUUAUUGACUUCAAAUCCUUGCGUUUCGGUUGUUUAGCUUGUGAAAUAGAUAGGCAGGUUUGAUUAGGUCAAAGGAUGGAAGAAAACAAUGCAUUUUUAGUCCUAUACUUCCAAGGCUUUGUCAAA